AUGCAUUCACUCUUACUGCCAACGCUUUAUCUUGGCGGCUGUAUCACAGCCAUGAGUGCGUUUUCCUAUGUCUAUCGACGAGUAGCAGGGUUUCAACCUGUGGAACCUUGGUUCCCUGUCAAUACGCAAAAGCAAGAGUACAUUGCACUCCUCAAUUGCGAGAUUCCAGUGCCGGAACAUCAUUUAAGAGCAUCACUACUUCGACGUGCCAUGGAAGGAGUUCGUCGCUUGGUCACCAUUCAGCAGGAAAAGCCGGCAUUGCAACAGCUGAUGAAGACAGGAAGUGUCGGGGACGAUCUGUGGCGCGAUUUUAUUGUCGCUGAACAAGAGAUCAUGACCGAGCUGCAAGAGAUAUCUCAGGAGGCUGAAACGUAUAAGGAAGGUUGGGGUCAAACCAUCUUUUCCACCGCUGCACAGAUGCUGGAGCACGAGAAACAAAAGGCGCUUCUAGUGGAAAUGAAACAAAUGCGUGAAGACGAGAAAAACCGAUUAUUGAUUCAAGAGAAACGCGACGAGAGAGAAAGUCGGCUCAUGGAAGGAAAUAGAAUGAGAGAGGCUCAGAAAAUGGAAGAUUUACUGAGAACAGCCGAAGCGGAGAAUAUUGAAAAUAAGGCUCCCUGA